GUGUGUUUAUUAGUCUGUGAAGUGUGAACUUGGAUUUAGAGUUUAGACGUCUAUUUAAAUUUUGAAUUUUUAUUCAAACUACUAGUUAAUUUAUAUUUUACGCAUUUUUAGUAGUUUCAAUUCUUUCAACAGUCAAAAUCAUCAUAAUUACAAUAUGAUCGGUUGUAUUUUAUCUCGCCGGGCAUUGGCGACAUCUUAUCAAGUUUUGAAAUUAUUAUCAAAUCAAAGUUUGACUUCAUCAACCAGAAGAUCGCUGCAAUCUUUUAACUAUCCAAGUUUAAAAAAUUCACUAGUUCGUACCUAUUCAGAACAAGUUAAAGUUGAAGAUGUUGCAGUUGACUUUGACUAUGUUAAGAAAGCAAUAAAUAAUCGCAAUAUCCUAAUAAUUGAUGUUCGGGAACCCAAUGAAAUUACGGAACAUGGAAAAAUUCCAAAUAGUAUUAAUAUACCAUUGGGCAAUGUAACAUCUGUACUUAGUACUAUGCCAGAAAAUGAAUUUGCUAAACAAUAUAAUAAACCGAAACCCUCAGAUGAUAGUGAAAUAAUUUUUUUUUGUAUGAUUGGCAAAAGAUCGGGUAUGGCUCAGCAGAAUGCUCUCAACCUUGGUUACAAAAAUGCUAAGAAUUAUCUUGGAAGUUAUACAGAUUGGGCAAGUAAAACACAGUGAACAUGAAGUGGACAUGACAUUAAAUGUAAAAUAGUUUGGAAGAAUUGGUCAUUGGAGGUAUUGAAUUUGGUUUUUGAAUAUAAUUCGAAAAUUCUGCUUGACCUGCUUCUUUAGUACCUACUUGUACUAUCUAGUCUAUUGUUAAGAAUGUUGGGAAUUAAUUAUACUAUAUUUAAUAUAACAUCUAAUGUAUAAUAAAAGUAAAUGCAUAAA